AAUGACAAUUGAUCCAACCAAAUCAAUUCCUGCUUUUUACGCUGGACAAAGUAUACUUUUGACAGGUCCAACAGGAUUUCUCGGUAAAGUUUUUAUCGAAAAGAUAUUACGAUCUUGUCCAGAUGUUCGUGAAAUAUUUUUGUUAAUGCGUCCAAAAACAGGAUCAAAUGUUAACAAAAGGCUCGAAAAAAUAUUAAAUUUACCGUUAUUUGAAAAAUUGCGCGAAGAGCAACCUUCGCAAUUUGAAAAAUUAAUUCCAAUUUCUGGUAAUGUCAGUGAGAAAGGAUUGGGUUUGUCUGUUGAGGAUAAGCAAAUGCUGAUUGAAAGAGUGACUAUAAUCAUUCAUGCAGCUGCUAGUGUGAGAUUUAAUAACAGUUUAAAAUAUGCCGUAUUUGUCAAUAUCAGAGCAACAAGAGACAUUUGUAUUUUAGCACAAAGUAUGAAGAAUUUAAUAGCACUAGUGUACGUUAGUACAGCAUUCGCACAUGUAAAUGAACCAAUCAUAGAUGAAAAAGUGUAUCCACCAAUAACUAACUGGCAAAAGAUAAUUGAAGUAGUCGAGACAUUGGAUGAACAUACUUUAAACAUUUUUACGGCUAAAUGUUUAGACUAUGCACCCAAUACGUAUAUUUUUUCAAAAAACCUAGCGGAAAAAAUAAUACAAGAUUAUUCUUCCUCUUUUCCUUGCGCAAUUGUAAGACCUUCCAUUGUAACAUCAACGUUACAAGAACCUUUCCCAGGAUGGUUAGAUAACGUUUAUGGUCCAAUAGGACUUUUUAUUGGCGGCGGUAAAGGAAUACUGCGAGUAGCAUGUUUGAAUAAAAAUGUUAACGAAGAUGCAGUACCAGUAGACAUUGUCAUCAAAGCUAUAAUAAUCGUAACUUGGAAAAUAGGAUUAACCACGUAUAAUCACAGCAUUACAGAUUCCACACCUUUAGUUGUAAAUUGCACAGGUCAGAAAUACAUUUCAUAUCAAAAUUGUAUAAAGAUGUUGUUUAAUAUUGGACAAGAUGUGCCUUUUGAAGGAGCUCUCUGGACACCUCAUACAAUAUUAACUGAUAAUCUUAUUCUAUUUUAUAUAUUAACAAUGUUAUUGCAUAUUCUACCUGCUAUAUUAAUAGAUCUGAUUUUAAAAUUCGCUGGACGCCGUCCCAUGUUAGUACAACUGCAAAGAAGAAUAUAUGUGGCCAAUCGUGCUGUGAGUUACUUUUCGUUCCAUGAAUGGAAAUAUAACAAUGCAAAUAGGUCAAUUCUGAUAUCAUUAAUACCAUGUGACAAUUUUGAUACAUUUUCAUUUGACUGUUCUUAUCUUGAUAUUAGAACAUAUGGCAUAAAUUGUGCCAUUGGUGCCAAAAAGUUUCUUCUUCACGAAGACAUGAAUCGAUUAGAUGCAGUUAAAGCACAUCAUAAAAGAGUGUAUAUACUCGUCAAUAUGAUAAAAACUAUUAUCUUUAUUGGAGUACUAUGGAUAAUAUACAAGUGGACCUUCAUCAGUACAUUAUAAAA